AUGCACAGAAUGUCGUGGUGGCAAUGCACGAUGAACUCAUCGUGACUCCUUUGUUUUUGAGCACGACAGAGAACGUGUUUGGGUUGUUUUCUUUUUUUUUAUUUUAUUGUUGUUGUUUGUUGUUUGUUCAGAAAUUAAAAGUGGGGCACCAGGCCAAAAUAGAUUGGUGGCCACCUAUCGGCAAUGGCCGUUACUUUUACAUUCACCCACACACACACAUAAUAGACCUCUGCUCACUUCUCUUUGAUGGCUUCGUCGUGUGUCUUUUGCCAUGAUUAGAUAGAGCAUUUCUCGUUAGAAAAGAACUCUGUGGCGAGUAAUAGCAUUAAAGUCUUGAUGGUUUAUUUCUUGCCCAUCGUUACGAUAAAUUUGUUGACGCAUUUUUGACGAGACCAAAGCGUCUGCUUGUCAUUUCGUCGUUCAUGUUUGACACAGAAGCGACCAAGUCGAGUCCUCUCUCUUCUGUUCUGCAGGUUGUAUAACAACAACAGUUCCAGCGGAAUGUAACAAAACAAACACUCGGUCAAGAGCAUUGACAAAUUGAUGAUCCUCAAAGGAUUUCCGAAGCACGCCACUAGGCUCAAGGAAAGACAACAACCUGGGCUCCAAUAGAUUGCCAGUUGCUUUUCUGCCAUCCACCAGUCAGGAUCUGUCCUACCCACCCUUGCCUCAUGCCAAAGGAGCAGCAUCAACUCUGGAUCUUCAUUCGCUGAUUAUUAUGUGCCAGUGAACUUUGCCACUCGUGGUUAUCCUCCUGUGAAUCUGUUUUUAUUUGUGUUUGUGUCUAUUUCUCCCCCCUACAAACAUCAUCUGAAAAUCAAGUCACACACAACCCCACACUGCUGCAAAGAUGAAGCCUGGUCUACCUGCCUCAGUCUCGCCCGCCGAGUACCAGUGGGCGUACUCGAUCGUCGAUUCGUCACGAGUUUCCACUUUCCUCAUUUCCAUCUUGCUCAUCGUCUACGGGAGUUUCAGAUCGCUGAAUCUGGAACAAGAAGCUCAAACCAAACAGUUGGAAAAGGACAAGGAACGGGCCACUUUGACGGGCAUCACGACGCCGUCGGUCCCAUCAGAACCCAAUGUCCAGACGUUGGAUACCAUGCAAGCGCUCUGCCUGCCGCUGGGCGCUUCCGUUUCCCUGCUCGUCAUGUUCUUCUUCUUCGACUCGAUGCAGCUCCUCUUCGCCGUCUGCACGGCCAUUAUCGCCACGGUAGCUCUGGCAUUCCUAUUACUUCCCAUGUGUCAGUAUCUCAGCCGACCGUGCACUUCUGGAACAAAUAAAAUCUCAUUUGGCAUCUGCGGCCGUUUCACUGGGGCCGAGCUACUUUCCUUCAGCAUGGCCCUGACUAUUGUCUGCGUUUGGAUUCUCACCGGCCAUUGGCUCUUGAUGGACGCCAUGGGAAUGGGUUUGUGUGUGGCGUUCAUCGCUUUCGUCCGAUUGCCCAGCCUCAAAGUGUCGACGCUCUUGCUGACUGGCCUCCUCGUCUACGACGUUUUCUGGGUCUUUUUCUCCUCGUACAUUUUCAACGCCAACGUUAUGGUCAAAGUGGCCACCCGGCCGGCCGACAAUCCCGUCGGUGUCAUGGCCAAGAAGUUCCACUUUGCUUCUGGGAUGGCCCGAGACGCCCCGAAACUUUCGCUGCCCGGCAAACUCGUCUUCCCCAGCAUGCAUAACGUCGGCCACUUUUCGAUGCUGGGCCUGGGCGACAUCGUCAUGCCCGGCUUGCUCCUGUGCUUCGUUCUACGCUACGACGCGUACAAGAAGUCGCAAUUGCUCCACUCGGCCGAGACGGGAGUCCCCCCGCCAAACCACUUCAACCGAAUCACGUACUUCCAUUGCUCGCUGAUUGGCUACUUCCUCGGAUUGCUGACAGCCACCGUUUCGUCCGAGUUCUUCAAAGCCGCCCAGCCCGCGUUGUUGUACCUGGUGCCAUUCACGCUACUGCCGCUCCUCGUCAUGGCUUAUCUCAAGGGUGAUUUGAGGCGGAUGUGGGACGAACCGUUUAUUGCGCCUCCGCAACCCAAGCAGCUGCAUGUCUAGAUAAGCAAAACAAA